AUUUAGAUGAAAUUAUUACAGAAAAUUUAAAUCAUAACAAAUCGUUUACCGUACUAGUCAUGGACAGUGGCCAUAGACUAUCGGAACAAUUAGACAAAUUAGCUGAACAACAACUAGAAGUUGAUUAUAUGAAAACAUUCUAUAGUCUAAUCAAAUUGGUUCAAUGRUCAAUACGUUUGGUAAUUUAUUUUUGAUAGAUAUGUCGGUACCCGAUCAACAUGAUCAAGAUAAAUACAUGGGACAGUUGGCUGCAUUUAAUCUAUAUUGGUCCGAUUAUUUAGCGGCUCAAUUAAAUCUGUGGGCCCAAUGUCCAGACAGUGUUUAUAAUAUACCCGUAGAAUUUAAACCAAUAMGUCAAUCGAUUAUCGAUAAUACAAAUAUUAUAAAAAAUAAAUUGCAGUCCAGUAUCGAACAACAUAAUAAUGAUUAUCUAUUUUGGGCACCCGAAUUUAAAAUGUUGAUUAAACUAUUGGAUGUAGAGUUGCAUAUGAUUCACUUAACGCUCAAAGAUGUUGUACCUAGAUCGUUAAAAUUUAAAAUAAUUGGAAAAGUGUUUUUAGCCAAAGAAUUUCUUGUACGCGGAAUAGAUUUAAAUAAGACUUAA